GCCAUCAUUGGGUGAAUAACAUGGCUGAAUUAACUUUCCCGCAAGACGAAGGUCAAAGUAAAGCCUGGCGCUUUUUUGAAAUACCAUAUUAUUAAUAGAGCAGAAUGGAUCGCACAUUUAGAAUACGGGAAGUUCGGCCUGGUUCUGGUCGGGUCCAGGUGACUGCGAUGGAUGAAUCAGGCCCCUUCAACCCAGCUCCUGCCAUGAAACUCUGUGAGGAGGGUGAAGUGGAACUAUAUCUGUCUCAGGAGAAGCUGGAAUUACUGUGUGGAACAAAAAAUCUGACUCAGGUGACCUCACUGGAAAUCUGCGUGGACACUCGAGAAAACAGCCUUGGUAACUUUGGCUCUUACUUGCCUCGGCUGCUGCGGCUCAAAAUGAACAACAGUGUGCUCAUGUCUGUAAGAGACCUGGGAACCACCCUGUCCCACCUGCAGGUUCUAUGGAUGUCAUGUUGCCAUCUACAAGGCUUGGAUGGCAUUUCGAUUAUUUCCUCUCUCAGGGAAUUGUACCUGGCCUUUAACAAAGUGUCCGACUUGAGUCAGGUUGGCAUGCUGGAGAAUCUACAGGUGUUAGAUUUGGAAGGAAAUGAUGUGAAUGACCUUGUCCAGGUUCAAUAUCUCAGGUUAUGUGGCAAACUACACACACUCACCUUGGAGGGAAACCCGGUGUGCCUGCAGCCAAACCCCACCACCACACAAAUCGAGUACAAUUAUUACCAUGCGGUGAGGGAGUUGGUUCCACAUCUGCGUUACCUUGACAACGCAAAAGUGGAGGAUGGCAGGUUGGGCUCAAGCAGCAACUUGUGGGAAGACUGGGCUAUUCUCCGGAACUACCUAAGGGACCCCACCCCGACAUUGAAUGGAGACCAAGCCGAAGGAAACGGUGCAUAUAGCGGGUCCAGCUCAGCCAAGCGCCCUGCCUCCAGCCUCCGGCCUCGGUCAUCAGCAAGCACACCUAUAUCCAGACCUCUAUCAGCAAGUUCAUCUGGGUUUCUAUCCAGUCCGGUGUCCACACCCGGUUCUGUGGAUUCAGAUUUAGCUGAAGUUGAAGAAGACAGCAGUGUCCUGACGCAUGGAGCUGGUAAAAUUCUGUUCUGUGGAAACCCUGUCAAGGCAAUACGAGCAAGACGUGAAAAGUUGAGGACAGCACCCUGUACGUCUACUUUUACCCCCCUUAACCUGCCCAUUUAUGUGCCAGAGCACAUGCUUACCCCUCACGACCCUGAUGGGAAAGAGAGUGGUGGUGACGUGCUUGCUGAACUGAGAACUUGGAGGGAGAAACACUGCAGGUAUCUUGAAGAAAUUGAAAGAGAUAGACAACCACAAGUACUGGUUGUUCGACACGGCAACGAUGAUGAAGAGGCUGAUGAUGAAGAGAAAGGAUUUGAUGUUAUGAGCGACAGUUGUGAUGAAGAACAUUGUGAGGAUAUUCUAGACACAAGUCCAUCUAAUUCAUCUUCCAAAUCUAUAUGUCCAGAUGAGUUUGAAUCCAUGUCGACUGAUGUGGAUCCCUUUUUCUGUGACAACACACUUUCACCCUGUCCUCCACUAAGUUCCAAAUCAGCCUCUUGUCGGAAGAAGCCCAUAGGAAUCCGUGCACAUCGGAUUCGAAUCAACCCGGCCAAUUCAGAACACAAUCUUCAUUCCUGCAGCGAAGGAUGCAAAGCUUUAAAAGCCACAAGUACUGCACAGACUGACCUGCCAUUUAACCAAAAGUUGACAAGAAUGAAUAAGCUUUGUCCGUCAUUGCCUUUAAACAUUAGCCGUCCAUAUAAAUUAAGUAGCCUGGGAGGACAAAGCAAGGAUUCCUGUUUGGAGAUGGACGUGUACAGCCUGGCAACAAAAGUGAACUGUCAAAGAUCCUGGACAGAGCACCAGCUUCAAAUGCCUUCUGAGUGAGCACAAAUUAAACUGACACCAGAAUUACCAGGAUUAGAAAGUCUCGACUAGGGCUAUAUUAUUUUUGUGCUUUUAUUUUUGGUUUGAAUUUUUUAAUUUCUGCAAGUACACAACACAUUUGUUACAGUUCCAUUUCACAUUUGACAUGACUUGUCAAAAAGGGAAGCAGGUUGAAGCAAUUUGCUUAUCUAAUCGCUUUAUUGAAACCGUUCCCGACAAUUUUUUAAAAUAUGCAUAUACUACGUAUAUGAGGCCCAACCAUACAUUUCUAAAAACAGAGACCAAUUACUUGACUAAUGACUGUCAUAGUAUUUUACUGACUUAUUACUUUUAAAUUUCCCAACAUGCCCUGUUAAUAGGACUAUAUAACCAUAAAACAGGACAAAUUCUCUGUAACUUUGAUAAAACAGUGGCAAACUAUAUUACAAAUAUGAAUAAACAUUGUGAUAACUUUUAGGCUCAGGUUUAAGGUGGAAAAAAAAGUUUUUAUGUUUUCUCUGCUGUACAUACUGGUUACUCUUGGUGUGAUAGCCCUACAUGCCACAUGAGGGCACUAUGUCAAAAGGAUGCAUUACAGCAGACAAGUCUUGAAGUUAUUAGAUCUGGAAGUAGCCAGAAUAUCUUGAUGAGUAAAUGGCAAAUUGGCAAUACAAAUGUAUCACAAGUUAAGCGCAUGGGGAACAUGUUAUCCUUGGUCAAUGAAAAGCAGCCAUUUAAAACUCACUGUUCUGCUAAGAUCUGUAAUGUGCCACUGCCUACCUCAGGGUGCUCUAAGAAAUGGUUGUCAUGUCAGUGUUGAAAAUAAGAAUAUUUUCUCAGGCCCCAUCAGUCACAGGCCAAUCAGUUGUGUUGCACCAGGGAUAAAUAUAAAGCAUGCAGCACACCGAGGACCCAAAUUGGUGAAACCUGAUCUAGUUGAAGGGGCGGCCAUCCUAAAGUUCUGCCAGGCCCACAAUGGCCCUUCAGCUUGACCUUACAGGUGGCAAAUCUGCAAGGUCAUAGGUUUGGGUAAUAAUUCUGCUUCCAACCCUGGUACGUAGGAUUUAAAAGAGGAAAACGUCUUAGACUCAAGCACACCCCAGUUUUUCUUUUUUAUUUCACUUCACUUAUUUUUUUAUCAAGUUCAGCUCACGCAGCCGUCGAAGUGAUAAUUCGCACAACACACUAUAACAAAAGGUAAAAGCAAAAAGGUUUAGCUAAAACAAUUGCCGUGUAGUCUCUGCAAAGUGAUUGCAGUUCAACGGAUCUUAAAGCGCCUACUUUAUGUGUCUUUUGUUGCCCUGACGUUUGAAGAUACAGUACUGUAGAUGAAAUUCUGACAGAGUGCCAUUUGGGGAUUUGUAUCUCUUGUACAGCCUCUUCCCCUCUUGAGACAGAUUUAAAAACCUCUAUGGUCCUUGACUGUAAAAAACAACGAUGAUCCCAUUGGAAGUGCAGCCCACAGAGCUCUGAUAAGAGCUCUCAGAAUAAACCUCUGACCUGAGUGAAGUCCAGUGGAAUCUUGUAUGGUUCACGUAAAACUACAAGUCCACGCGGUUGUUGUUGGGAACCAGCAUGAACCUUUGCACAGAAUUAUGGUGGCUUUGCUGCUGACAGUGAUGGGUGCACCAAAUUUAUCCGGUUUUUGAACGGCCUCCAUCGAAUUGUGGUUUAAUGAGUCGAACAUCUUUGUGAAUUAGUUCGUGGAUAGUGGAGACCACGCUAGUGGGGUUAUCUGAAGGCACAUAGAAAUGGGAGUUGUGUCAACUGGCCAAGUGUGCUCAGUCCCCUUGUGGACUUCAUUAAUGUUCUUUUGAUUAGGACAAAAUUCCACCCGUGUGAAGUAAGAGCAUGUGUCACAAGUUUGCUUUUGGACUGAUGUGUGGACAAAUUGAUGAUCCGUGCUGCGCUUGACUUCGGUUACCUGCAUGCCCAUGGUGACGGGUUCAGGAAUAUCUUGAUGAGGCACUUUUGCCAGCUUGUCAUUUGGUCGGCGGACACCAUGUUGGACUCCCAUCAGAGAGCUAUUAUGCAGUUGGCAUAUAUCAGGGACUAUGGUGAUGGGUUGGAUAGCAGCUUGAAUGUGUUUUUCAUGCCUGUGGAUUGGGUGCAAAGUCUGCCUACUUGGACAUUCCAGUUGAGUUAUCUGAAGACCCUUUGAGAUUUCUUGAUGACUGUGUUUACCAUCCUUGCGGACUGGAGGACGGACGUGGUGUGGAUUGUGCCUGCAUUCCGGGUUGGUUUUCUUCGGAUGUGGCCUAGGCUGCAAUUGUGUUACAUAAGGGACCAAGGGAAUUGGUGGUAAAAUAUCUUGAUCACCUUGUAUUGCAUCACUGAGGAUUGGUGGGUAGAUAUGCUUAACUUCUGAACUACACUGGUGGUCAGUUUUCUGAGUAUGUGUCCUUGGUUGACGUGUAGUCUGCUGCUGGAUGGGUUGCUUCUUUUUGGAUUUGUCAAAGUCCAGGGUGAUGGUUUGAAAUGGAACUUCCUGAGUGCCACUAGCAUUCUUGUAAAUUGGUGGGGGGGCUUUCUUUUGAUUUACUUUAAUAUCCAGUUUGGUUAUUUGAGGGCCAAUAGCCAUUGGUAGUGUGGCAGUAUUCUUCGUGUGCUUGGGAAACCGAUGUAUCAAUGGGCGGGUCCUUUGUUGAAAGACUCUAGACUGCCGUCCACUACUCCUUAGUUUAGUUGCCCUUGGUGGACCACUGCUUUUUUCUGGGAUGUUGUUCCGCAGUUUGGGUUUAUCAGGGGCCACAAAUAUAGGUUUCAAGGGAGCUUGUCUCACAGGUUUGUUGUUAGGCUCACGCUUAUGGCGGAAGACACUCUGCUGGCAAGGACGGCAACUGAGCUGUGUUUCCUGAAGGCCAAAGGUGAUAGCUUGCAGAAAACUCCGCAACUUUUUUACGGUAUUCCCAGAGAGAUGUAAGCAAAUCUUGUGAGUAGCAGCAGCCUUGGAGACAAAAAUACGCAGAAUGCAAGAAUUAAUGUUUCAUUUACCUUUUUUGUCGUCGCACAAUCGACAUAGAACAUAUUUAAGGUUCUGUAAUUUACUUACUACCUAAUGUGACACGAUAAUUUGCUCCUAUGCACAUUUGUUUUUUAUCUGUUUGAACAGUAAUUUAAUUAGCCAUUUACAAUUGUGGUUUGCAGUGGUCUUUAACUGUGUGUAUGUAUAAAUGCAUUUUAUGAAGACUAUUCAUCUUCCACUUGGUUGGCACUACAUUUAUGUGUGCAUGCAAUUUGCGACCUAACUUUUACAACAGUAAUUUGACACUUGGAGAAAAUCACUGCUUGUUUGUGGGUCUAGCUGCUCCGAAUGUUUGUCCACAGCAAGUAUAAAGUUGAGAUCAGGUAUUUGACUUUGUCAUUGGAGAACAUUCAAUUAUGUACUGUCAAAUUGUUUCGUUUCAUUAUUUUUUUUCUGUCGCAAUAAAACCAAUGAAAACGGUGAAGGAAGACUAUGUUUUGUCUGCGAGUGAAACAUCAACAAAAGUCAAGAAUACGCUGGUGAAAGUAGGGACGUGAUUAUCGACCUAGUCGCGAAACACCUUUCUGAAACAAUAAGUGAGUGCAGGAAAGCCAGAAAACAUUCAUACAGCAUCACCUGUUCUGGAAUUGAAAACCAACGCCAACUUGUAUCAGAAUGAAGGAGAGAGAAAACUAUGGACAAGAAAAGGAACAACUCGACAGCUGCUGCCGGAAUGAACGGGCUCUCCGGGGUUUGACUGCUAGCAGAUGUAUCGGCUGUAACUCAAGUCUUCUCACAUUACCCAAAAUGAUUGAAAAAUUGUGAUAUUUAUAGUACAAAUGGAUAAUAUACCACACAAAAAAAUUAAAAGGCAAAGAAAUUGAAUAUCUUUCAGUGACCAAAUCAGUGUCUUGAUCUCAACCCGACAACAUGCAACAUGCUUGUCACUUACUGAAGGCAAUGUAGGAAGACCCACAAACUGUCUAGCAAAGCAUUUCCACCAACUCAGAGUUGAAUGAUGUCCAGGGCUUCUAGACUUCAGGCAGUCAAUGACUGCAAAGCAUUUUCAUCCAAUUAGUUUUCAAUUACAGUAUGUGAAAUGUCCAAAUACUUGAGAAAUUGUACAUAUUCUGUAGUCUACAUUUGGUUGUCUUUUGUAUUGUAAAAUUCAUGGUGUGGAGAUUGUAAUUGCCUAAAUACUUUUGGGCAUUGCUUUAUCAUAACCCUGCUGCUCUUUGCAGGGCUUCUUUUAUUUAUUUAUUAUCAAUAGAAUAUAAUUUAGUACCACUACUUGGA